CGUUGAUUAUAUCAGGUCAAAUAUUGAAUAAAAGUAAAUAAGACAAGAUAUUGGAAUAAUACUAUCUGAUUCAUGAGAGGAUCAAAGAGCUUGCUUAUAGUGUCUAUCGAUAUAUCUAUAUACAUAAUAAAUAUACAUACACACUGUUUGUUAUCCCCCCAAAUUGAUUUUCUCUUAUAUCUUAUCACUUUGAGUUUAUUUAUUUUUCUACUAUUAAACUAACCUAAUUAUGAUAUCCCAAUUACAACAACAAUUACAACAUCAAUCUAGACAUUAUACAUUUGAUACUUCAGAGAAUAAUACUAAUCUUUCACAAUUUUGUUUAAAUUUACCGGAAUUCAAUACUACUUUACAUACUAUAUCUGAAUAUGAUAGAAAUAUUCUUGAAAAUAAUGAACAAUCAAUUGAACAAGGAAAAUUGAAUAUUAAUAAUGAUAAUGUUAAUACUAUUGGUAAUGAAGAUAUUAAACCUAAAAUUUGUACUUCAGUUAGUUCGACCAGUACUACUAAUACUACCACUACUACUACUACUACUACUACAAUUGAUGAGAUUGUUAACUCUACUGAAAAUAAUAAACAAGCUUCUAGCAUUAUUAAUCAUUGUUUGUCUAAAAAGAAUCAAUUGGAUAAUCAAUUUAAUGAUUAUAAUAAAUCAAUAUCUCUCAAUUCUAGUCUUCCAUAUAGACUUUGUUAUUCACCGAAUACUACUACUGUUACUAUAUGUGAUAAAAAUAAUAUCGAAUUCAAUGAAGAAAUAUAUUGUACAACAAAAUAUCCUCGACUACAUGAUUCUUUAUCAGAAUCUAAUAAGCAUAACAACAACAGUAAUACAACUGAUAAUAAUAACAAUGAUAAUAAUAAUAAUAAUAAUGAUCGGAAUAUUUUAGAACAAACAGGUAAUCCAAUAGAAUGUUAUGAAUUUCAAAGAAAUGUCAAACAACUUAUUAAUGAUGAAUUAAAUAAUCAUUUAAAGAAUGAAUCCAUUUCAAUGGAUUAUAUACAACAAAAACAACAAUCUACAUUACCAUUAUCAUCAUUAUUGUUAUCAUCAUCAACAUGUAUAUCAUCUUUGAACAAUUCUAUCAAUAAAGAGUAUAUUCUUUCAUCUAUGAAAAAGAAUGAAAUGAUACAUGAAAACAAUGAUGAUGAUAACAAUAAUGUAAAUGAAUUAUAUCGAAGAAGAAAUAAUUCCAUGUUGGAUUCAUUACAUUUUAGAUUAGAUAAAACAAUGGAAAAAAUAGAUGUUUUAAAUCAUUUACAAAAACUUAGUUAUACUGCAGAUAUGAAACCACAGCAUAUUACAAGUCCUAUGAGACCGAAUUCAGCGUAUCCUUUUAAUAAUUUAUCUCAUUCAGAUUGUCCACCAUCCUCUUCCUCUUCCUCUCUCUCAUCAGUAUCAUCAACAGUAACAACAGCUAAUAAUAUGAGAGAUUUCAGUUCCGAUCAAUCACCUCCAUCUAAUAAGGAAAUGAAGUCGAAUCAACAUGCCCAUUUUCACCAAACACAUCAUCAUAACCAUCAUCAAACACUUUCAGUGGAUUCAGGAGAUACUGGACUUCCAUUUGAUCCAAUCACUCAACAAAGUCUUUCUGCUGCUGCAUCUUCGUUUGUGAAAUCAUUGACCGGUUUUAAUUUUAACAGUUCAACAGCAGGUCUUCUGUUUCCGAAUCCUCCACUCUCAUCGAAUUCAACAUCUGGAUUGAAUCAAAAUGGUCCUCCAUUACCACAUCCAUAUGCUUCACAGCCACCAUUACUGUUCAAUGGUGUAAGCUGUUUAUCAAAUACAAUGCAUCAUUUACGAUCUAGUUCAUUAAAUCGUACUGCUACCAAUAUUAAUCCAUAUGCAAUUAGUCAUGAUAUUUCAUUGAGUAAUAUACAAUCACCUUGUAGUCCAGAAUCUUUACAUUCCUUGUCUACAGAUGAAAGUCCAUCAUCCGGUGGAAUAAAGCAUGCUUCAUUGACUGGAACAGCUGGUCAUUACUCAGCGAUGACAACAGCAAUAACAACAACAACCACAGCCAGUUCAUGUCCCACACCAGCUAGAAGACGUCAUCGUACAACAUUUACACAAGAUCAACUACAAGAGUUGGAAUCAGCUUUUCAAAAAUCUCACUAUCCAGAUAUUUAUUGUCGUGAAGAAUUGGCAAGAAUGACAAAAUUAAAUGAAGCACGAAUACAAGUAUGGUUUCAAAACAGACGAGCUAAAUAUCGUAAACAAGAAAAGCAAUUAGUAAAACAACAACAGCAACAACAUGAACAUAGACAUAUUCAACAUUUACAAUAUAAUCAACCAUUUCAUAGUUUACGUAAUACAUAUCAAUCAUCUAGUCAAGGUUCUCAUCUUUAUUCUUAUACACAUUCAAAUAUUUAUAAUGGAAAUUCUAUAACUAUGGCACCAAAUGGAGUUGUCAACAGUCAUUCAUUGUUUGACAGUAGUAAUAAUAAUGAUAAUAAUGACAAUCGUAACGUCAAUAAUGGUAGUACUAGUAUUGGCACUGAUGGUGGACUUCCAUAUUCUUCUUGUAUGUCACUGCCAGCUAGUUUAAUCAGUACGUCCACAUUAGGUAUUCCACCAGGUCUAACCAACACCAAUACUUUAAUGAGCUAUUAUGGAUCUAAUUUACCCUAUAUGCCUAAAAAAGUGUUUUCGCCUACAUUCAACCCCGGAUAUCCGUCAUAUACUUCACUCUCACCUCAUACUAAUAGUGUUAAUGAUAAUAAUCCUGGACCAAGACGAGGUAAUAUUUUUCCUAUAGCUACUUCUCCGAUUUCAAACAGUUUAGAGGUAACAUCAACAUCACUCUCGAUAAAUAACGAAUUAUCCAGUCAUAUUGAUUCACAUUCUACUGAACUCCCACAAUCACAACAACAACCAUCAAUGCAGCAAUCUAUAAUAACAACACCUCACUUUUCUAAUAAUUCUGUAUCAUUUUUACCAGAUUUAUCUUCUAGACCACUGAUGCAGCGAGCCGCUGCUGCGGCUGCCGCAGUUGCUGUUGCAGGAAUUUGUCAGGCACAUACAACAAUUUCCUUGUCAAAUACUCCAGAACACUUACAAAAGCGUACAGAAAAUGUAUCUGAUGAACAAAAUAACUAUUCAAUACAACAAUCUAAUAAUUAUCGGGUAAAUUUUUCACCUACACCUUCUUAUAGAUAUUUCAAAAGUCAAAAUAUUUGUGAGCAAUUAAAACAAACAAUCAGUUCAAUUGAACCAAAUAUAAAUAUUUCUUCGAAUGAUUUAUUUGCCAAUGAAAUAGAAAAUCAAAAAUUAUUGCAAUUGUCACAUGAUCAUCAACAUAAUCACCAAUUAAAUCAAAAUGUAACGGUUGAUGAAGCUUGUGAAUUUCCGAAACAAAAAACUUCAGACCAAACGCAAUUAAACACAUUAUUCCCAUACAGUAAAAACAAUUUUAAUAAUAACGCGCAAUUUUUUAUUCCAUCAUUUUCUUCAGAAUACAGAAGUUCAUUGAAUUCCAGUCUGAUUACUUCAACAUGUACUGUAGCUUCGAAUACAGGUACAAAUGUACAUGCCACAUUAUCACCAAUAAGUGCUUCAGUAGAAGAUAUUAUCCCAGAAGAAACUAAAACAAAUAUAAUUUCAUUAAGUAAAAUAGCAAAAUUAAGAAAUCUAAGUAAAAUAAGUAAUAAUUAUCAUAGUCACUAUUUAGAAAAUACGGAUAAUUCUGCAAAUAAUUCUACAUUAACAAUUCCUAGUCAGGAAGGUUCGUCGAACUCAAUAGCAUUAACAUCAUCUUCAUUAGCAUCACUACCUUCAUUAUCAAUGUCCUCUUCACCAUCAUCAUCAUCUAGCCGAUUAUUAGGACGCAAUUUUCCACAAUCACAUUUCAUAAGAAAUCGCAGUCAUAUUACUGAUAACAGUAAUGUAAGUAAUAUGUAUGUCAGUAAUGUAGACUCUCCAUAUAUUAAUACGACAAACGAUACGAGUACAUCAACUGGGCAACUAGAAUACGAGGCAGUAAAUACAAACGGAAACACUAAUGAGAGUAACAAUGCACCAUUGGACAAUGAACAUAACUCCAGGGUCUAUCACAACCAAAUAUCUGGCUUUAUACAACUGAAUGAAACUAAUUCAUCAUCCAAUAUUCCCAGGUUUCUACCGAACAUAGAAACUGAAGAUUCAUCUGUAGUUGACGAAUCACAGUCUAAUCUGAAAAAUGUUCCAAUAAGUACCAUAAAUACUGCCUUCACAAAUAUUUAUUCACACUUAGAAAAUUCAGGAGGUUCAACAUCUUCAGAAUGGUGUAGGACAACAAGAGAUGAAUUUCAAAAUCUGCACUCAAAUCAACAUUCUAACGGUGGUACUAUUGAUUCAGUACUUCGAUAUCGAAUGUAAUAUUUCAUUUAAUCUAUUAAGUAUUUUUUUCAAAAAAAAAAUGGCAUCAUUUAUUAAACAUGAAGAUAAAUCCAUUGACAAAAUAAACAUCAUAUAAACAAACAAGGUUACCAUUCAAAUCUGAACAUUAGAUGGAAGCAAACCACAACAAAAUGAAAACCAUAAGGAUCAACAAUCUUAUCUCUUUUAGAGAAAACAAAUGUAUACAUAUUAUAUGUUUAAUGUAUACACAUAUACCUUAUAUGCACUAUAGUAAUCGAAAAUAAUUCACUUACCUAUUGUUUUAUUGAAUAUUACUUCUUGUUCAUUUUAUUCUUUUUUUUCUCGUUUUGUUAUUUGUAAAGAAAAAAAAUCAAAUAUUAUUUAUAACACAUCUGAUAUUCAGUAAAAAAAAACGAACCCAAGUAAAAUUAAUUUAAUACCCUGUGAAAAACCAGAGGCUAAUGUGGAACAAGUUAAAUUUGAAGGCUCUAGGUGGUAUUUCCUUAGUUUAUGGUUCAACAGAAAUAUGUACCCUAAAACCAGCACAUAACAUAUGUAAAGAAUAACUCAGAAUGAACCGAUGAUAAAGGCAGUAAAUAGUUACUUUGUCUAUGCCUACCCAAAUGAAUCAUUUCUUGAGAUAUUACUCUUUGGAGGAACACUAAUAAAAUCGUUGGCUCCGAGGACUUCAGAUAAGGACUUUAGAUGAUUAGAUUACUUAGACAUUUUGCUUUAUGCUCACUUAUGAUAUCUUCCUCUAUGAAUAAUUCAACCACCACCUUCUGUCGUAGGGAGAAAGUGGGUGUAAUGUACCUAGAUUUUCCAAAAGCUUUUAAUCAGUCGAUCAUACGUGUCAUACCAGUAAGUUCAGGCUGAUGGUUAUUAAGUCAUCACUGAUUGACUGACUUUCGUUAUAUCUUAGUAGUCAACUUUUUAAGGUCAGAGCAAACUUUAACUUCCUUCGGAAUGCAGAAUGUCGUGGCUGGGUCCUUCAGGGUUUAGUACUAGGACCUCUUCCCUUUUAAUUUGUACAAAUGAUCACCCUGAGUUAGUAUUCCCGGGGAUAUUGCUUUUGUUGGUGAUUUUAAGCUUCAUAGAAAAAAAUUGUGAAACUAGUAUCCCAAGUUGCCGCUUCAGGGAGUUCCUGACCGACUUCAAAGUUGGGUGGAUUACAUUAAAAUUACUUCCAACACUUUAAAAUGUGAAAUGAUCCAUCAGAAACAUGCUGCAAAACAUAAAUAAAACGCUGGUCACUGACUGAAAAGAUCUUGGUGUUUUGGUGCCCUAUAGUAUGAACUCUUAUACCCACUAUGACAGAAAUACCUUUAGAGAAUACCUUGCAAUAAUAACUUAAAGGCUAGUUCCUGCUAAGUUUUCUAAAAGGUAUCUUCCACUUAAACUUUGAAAAUUUUACUCGAGCCCCAUUUAGAGUAAGGUAAAAUAGUCAUUCCUUUUCUAUGCUCUGGAAUAUCCUUACAGAUUAGUCAAAAGAUCAGUUUGUGUGCUUAACUUCG